UGAGCAGCGUUUGUAUCAAGCUCAACAUCCAUCAUCUGUUUAACCUGACUUGAACACAACCGCAAAUAUGCAAGAAGCCCCAAGACUGGCUCUGACGGAGCGCUGCCUGCAUUACAAUGAGCUCAGUGAGGUUCCUGAGGAGAUAAAAAAAUACUGGCAGCAACGCUACUCGAUAUUCGAGUGGUACGACUAUGACAUCCGCCUCACCCACGACGCCUGGUUCGGCGUGACGCCAGAACCCAUCGCCAAGUAAGUUUCACAACUUGGGUAUUCCCCCUUUUUAUUUUAUUUUUUCCCCUCCAUGCCAACCAACCAACCGACUUCAAGCAAGAUAGCAGACCACCUCUCCUCCUGGGCCAGCGAGGACAAGGACACGGUGGUGGACAUCUUCGGCGGCGUCGGCGGCAACGCCAUCGCCUUUGCCCUCUCGGGGCGCUGGGCCCGCGUCAUCGCCGUCGAGAGGGACGCCGACACGCUGGCGUGCGCCCAGCACAACGCUGACGUCUACGGCGUCGCGGACUGGAUCACGUGGGUCCACGCCGACUGCUUCGACUUUCUCGCCCAGCAAAAGCAGCAGCAGCAGCAGCAGCAGCAGCAGCAGCAGCAGCAGCAGCAGCAAGAGCAGGGCCAGGACGGCGAGGGCAACGGCAACGGCGCCGCGACCAGGGCGUCCUCCUCGGCUACCUCCACCUUUUUGCCCGAGAGCCUGGCGCUUCAGCCGGACAAGACCGUCAUCUUCGCCUCCCCGCCCUGGGGCGGCGUCAACUACGGCGAGCAGGACGUCUUUGACCUCUCCACAAUGCAGCCCUACAACCUGGCCACGCUGCACGCCGCGUGCUGGCAGUAUGACCACGUCCUUUACCUGCCCAGGACGAGCGACAUUAGGCAGAUCGCCAAGCUUGUUCCCGAUGGUUGGGACAAGAUUGACGUCACUCAGUAUUGUAUCCAUGGCGCGAGCAAGGCCAUGGUCGCCUAUCUCCCUGCCAAGCUACCCAAGCGGAAACCGCGAGGUGGACAUCAGGUUGCGUCGGCAUGAGUACCUAGUCGUAAUUUGCGCCUCGGUCGCUCAGGCUUCUUGUUUUCGCACGGCUCAGUAGCCCAUAAUCAGUUUGAUAUCCCUCUUACAGCUAUUUCAUCUCUGCCUACAGCGCCUUGACUAUGCUCCUCUCGUCAAAUAUGUCC